AUGGAUCAGAACAAUCUCAGGCGCAAGGACACCACAAAAGGUCCGCCUCUACGCAUUCUCUCACUAGAUGGCGGCGGUGUUCGCGGGUUUUCGAUGCUUAUCAUCCUCCAAGAACUCAUGCACAGAGUCUAUGUCGUGACCGAAGGGGAGCCGCCAGACCGGCAGACUGGAACCCCAAAGCCUUGUGACUAUUUCGACCUCAUUGGCGGAACGGGGACGGGUGGAUUGAUUGCGAUCAUGCUGGGACGCCUGCGCAUGGACCUGGAAACCUGCAAGGCCGUCUACGUGAGGAUGACAAGAAAAGUCUUUGAGACAGACAAGACUUUUGCCGGCAUUCCAUACAAGCAUACUCUAUUCAAGGCUUCCAAACUCGAAGAGGCCAUCAAGCUAUGUGUUCAAGAACACACGCUCUUCGAGGAUGAGGGGAAUGACGGCACAGCUUCUGGGGGACGCGAGUUCCAAGAUUUGACGAGUCCCGUCAGCACCACCAGCGCUGCUGUUCGAAGGUCGAUGAGCGUCAGAAGUUCCAACUCCAUUAACAGUCCUGCGACUCCGCUCCGCACCUCCAUCGUCUCUCCCUCAUUCCCAGCCUGGGGCAACGCCAAUGCCAGCCUCUACGACAGCCGUCCUAACCGAACCAAGACUGCUGUCACAGCAGUGUAUCAAGGGACAAAUCCCCGAACAGGUUCCUCGAUCCUUUUACGAAGCUACGAUAGUCGGAAAGAGCCACCUCCGGAAUAUAACUGUAAGAUCUGGGAAGCCGGAAGAGCCACCUCCGCCGUCGGUCUGGCGUUCAAACCCAUUCAGAUUGGCCAAACGGUGUUUAUCGAUGAAGGCGCGGGCAAAUUCAACCCAGCACCGCAGCUGCUCGAAGAGGCCGCUGUCAACGAGUGGCCAGGCAGAGAAAUAGGCGCGUUCGUUAGCAUUGGCACAGGAAAGCGGCCCGACGGUACCAACGCCCGGCAACACGAAUGGUGGGAAGAUUUCGUCGGCGGCAGCAUGGGCGCGUUUGCGGAAGCCAGACGCCGACUCAUAUCCAAGAUCGAAGGUUGUGAGGAAACUCACCAGCAAAUGCUCAAGACAGAAUUGCCCAAGCGAGGCGUCCCAAUUGAUAACUAUUGUCGACUCAACGUCUCGGUUGGGCUUGGAGAAUUUGCCAUGAACGAAUGGCAACAUUUGUCGCAGAUGACAGUCAACACUAGGAAGUAUCUGAGUGAGCCUGCAACUCAGAAAGCACUGAUGGAUAUGGCAACAAAAUUGGCCAAAAUCGAACUGAUGAAGAGGAGAUAUGAGCAUCAGUCAGAGGCAUACGCCCGGGAGUCAAGCUGGUCAUUGAGGCACAGCAACAUUCCUCCCGUUCCAUCUCACCCCUCGGCGGUCGAGUUGCCGGCAGACGAAGAGACGUACCCGACGACCCCUCCUCAGCAUUAUCGCGUUCCUGGAAACCCCCCAUACCCUGAUCAGUUGGCCUCCUCGCAAGACAAGUUCGUCUUGAUUUCGGGAGAAUCACCUUCGCCACGCUUGUCCAGUGAUUUACCAUAUCGAGGUAGAGAUGAUAAGAUGGUCGUCCCUCAGCCGCCACCACCCCCCUCAACAUACAAUGAAUCACAAGUACCACCCCCAAGGCCUCCAAAGACACCGAUCAACGAUCACGUAUAUCCUAGUUAUCCUCCACAGCGCAUCUCGCCCGCGAGGCCUAAUGGAGCUCCGCGGCCCCCAUAUCCCGACGACGAAGAGCCUCCGCCACAAUUCAACCGGUAUAAGAAGCCGGAAUAUAUUCCUAGGUAA